CGCCAAUAUGCGCCGGUGACACCAUGAGUCCCGAAGACCGCACUCGACUUCACAUCACGCCCUUCAAUCCCUCCAUACUUGAUCGCUUUGUCCCGGAUGCUCUCAAGCCCGUUGCGACAAACAUUUCGUUCCACGCAGUAGAAACCUUUCCCGAGCGGGGCUUCGGCUACGUAGAGUUGCCUAACAGCGAAGCACAGAAGCUGAGAAAGAAACUGAACGGAACUAUGUUGAAGGGCACAAAAAUUAAGAUUGAGGAGGCCAAGCCGGAGAAAAAGCGCAAAAGCAGAGAAGAGGCUGCCCCAGAUGGAGACGACGGGAAAGCGAGGAAGAAGGCCAAGAAAGAAAAGACGAAGCGCAAAGUCGGUGAGCUUGUUGUUGAAGGACAUGAGCUGCCUGAGGGACGCCAUGUGAAGAGAGGCUGGGCCGAGGACAAGGCGAAGUCGAAGAAGGGCACCAAGAACGACGACAGCAUCAAGGAUAAGAAGAUGAAAUUCAAGACUGUUGUGCCACCGAACAAGGUUGAAGUGGAGAGGGAGAGUGGCAAGAAAAGCAGAACGAAAGAGAAGAAGGAGAAGGAAGCGCAAAAGUCUGGACGUAAAGAGGUAGUGGUUACCGAGGGCAAAAAGACAAGCAGGCCUGCUGCUGGUGGAAAGGCGAGAUCAGGAGAACUGAAAUACGAAGAUGGCAGAGGCUGGGUCAACGAUGAGGGUGAAGUCGUAGAGGCGGAGACAGAGAAGCAAAAGAAGAAGCGAGAGCGCAAGGCUGCGAAAGAGGCUGCAAAACCGGCUGUCCUUGAACCUGAGCUACAAGAGCAACAAGACUCUGUACUUGAAGACGCACCCGAGCUGGAUUCCGAGCCAGACGACGAAGGCAGCAUCGAACUAGCACACGCCAGUCUUCCGACACGAGAAGCCUGGUCAGGCGAUGAGGACAGUGCAUCCAGCGCCUCAGUCUCUUCAGCUUCUGAAUCAGUCACAUCGUCCGAGUCAGACGACGACACAGAAGCCAACCUCGACGCACAACUCGUACAAGCUCGCAACAAUUCUGCCUCGAACAAAAACACGCAGACACCCGAAGCUAUUUCUCUCCCAGUCGGCUCAGUACAAGAGAAGGAAGUCCACCCGCUCGAAGCCCUCUUCAAGCGUCCCGCUCCAUCAACAGCAGAUGUCUCCCCGAGACCAAAGCCCACGCCUAUCGACACCUCAUUCAGCUUCUUCGAUGCGCAAGGUGGCGAAACGGACGAAGACGACGUCGGCGCUGUCGCGGAACUCCGCAUCCCGCAAACCCCACGUACCAAAGAAGAUCUCGAGUGGCGAGGGCAGAGAUCCGCCGCACCAACACCUGAUACCGCUGCGAUAGGCAAGAGAUUCGAUUUCCGCUUCACGCAGGAUGAGGAUGAGGACGAGGACGAGGACGAAGAAAUGGCUGACGCGGACGCCGGUGGCGACGCUUCUCCUCAGGCGAAAGCCGGAGCUGCGAGACCUACAGGUGAGGAGAAGGAAGAAAGUGAGUUUAGGAAAUGGUUUUAUGAGAAUCGCGGGGCGCUGAAUCGAGGAUGGAAGAGGAGGCGGAAGGAUGAAAGGAAGAGUCUGAGACAGAGGGAGAAUAGGAGGAUCGGGAGGAGGGUGGCCUAGUGGAGCCUCCUGUCUCCUGGCCGGAAGCGAUAUAGAUGUGGCGACAAUGCUGUUCAUGAGCCGGAACGUGUUCAGGUCGCUUUUGUUGCACAGAAAUGCGUCAUGAGAGAAAUGUAUAUUUUGAUACUGCCAGCCAUGUCCAUGCAAUCGCAUGCUGUACACAAGAUCGAGAUGCUCAGCGAAAUAUACACGCAGAAGCAAAACUUCAACAAGGAGAA